UGCCCUCUGACCUUAAGCAGAUCAGCUGAGUUUCCCACGUUCUGUCAAUUUUCUAAACAAUUUAUCUAGCUUGUAACAACUGGGGAAUUCUGAUUGAUACCAUGUUCAAUCGUCUGUGGGAUUCUUUAGCUGAUGAAUUCUUUUAGAACUUAAAGACGUGUUCAGUUUACAUUUAAAAGACAUUUCAAAUUGAAUUCGAUAAUUGUUGAGGUUGAAGUUUGUUGCCCUUGAUAUCAUCACCAAGAUGCAGGCUGCCCGGAGAUAUUUCAAGUCGUUUGCCAGUGGGUUUGUGGUGGCCGUACCUGUCACUGUCACCUUUCUGGACUAUGUAGGAUACGUGGCAAGGGUGGAGGGAGCCUCUAUGCAGCCUUUCCUGAACCCAGAAGACAGAAGUUUCAAUGAUGUCGUGCUGCUGAACCGAUGGAGUGUCCGCAACUUCAAGGUCAACAGAGGAGAUGUUGUGUCAUUAGCGUCACCCCGUGACCCCGAACAACGGAUCAUCAAGCGAGUGAUCGGGCUGGAAGGGGACACAGUCAAACACACAUUUCAAAUGCCAGGAACCCGUACAUACAAGAACAGAUAUGUUCGAGUACCGUCUGGACACUGUUGGGUGGAAGGAGACAACUUCGGACAUAGUCUGGACAGCAAUUUCUUUGGACCAGUGUCGGUAGGUCUGGUACACGCCCGAGCCUCACACAUCCUCUGGCCCCCUCAGCGAUGGCAGCGGAUCGAACCAUCUCUCCCCACGGACAGGGGGCCGCUGGAUCAGGAGACCAUCGACCAUUUAGAGGAACAAGGCGCUGUCACCAUCCCCAAAACAUAACAGCUGCUAGUCUUGGAGAUGAAUUAAUUCUAUAAGUUGUUUAAAAUGUGAGGAUUGACAGCUCCUUUUUAUCAGGGAUUUACUCAACGUGGUCCAUGGAACCAAA